AGAGCGAGGAGCGGCCCGGCUGCUCUCAUUCAUCCCGAUCACUGGAAAAAAAAACACACUCUCUACCACAUCUAUCUAUAAAAACUCCCGGUAGACACACACCGACAGAUCCCCGCUACCGACACACCGGACAGACAGCCAUGCCGUGUCGGAAGGAGAACUACAUUUUUCUGGAGCAGUCCGUCACCGUCGACUCCAAAGAGGUGGACGCUUUGGUGACGAAGAUCGGCGAGGCUCUGCAGCUCCACAACAACAACAACAACACCACCGGCGGGCAUCAGAAGAAGACGGUGUCCGUGUCCGUGUCCUGUUUGCACGGGCUCACCGGGAGCAGCUGCACCGGUGGAGUGAAACCGGCGGCUCUCACCGGCUCCGUCGUCGCUCCGUCGUCGGUGCAGAAACAACGCCGGGGCUGCUGCAUGAGGCUGCGGGGACACCGGGGGAGCAGCCGGGCGAGCCCUUAUCACAUCCCCGGAUCUAGUGAGCAAGAGUGGGACCAAAUUAAAAAACCGUGGAACAGAAAUAGGAGGAACGUGGAGGAGGACGACGACCCGCACCGGUUGCUCCAGGAGUUAAUUUUAUCGGGGAAUCUCAUCAAAGAGGCCGUGAGGAGGCUGCAAUUCUCGGCUGCAGACUGUGGAGAUUUCCCGCAGGCGACGGCGGACAAUGUGCCCUGCUGAUCCCCCCCCCCCUAUGGAUGAACUCUCACAUAAACAUAUACACUGAUACUACACACACACACACACACAUAUACACUGAUACCACACACACAUACACGUGGACAUCUUUCAAAUAUAAAUCUCCAGGACUUUUGGUAGCUAUUGUUUUUCUAAUUUUCAUCAUCCAUUUUCAACCAUUUGUACGUAGCGUCUGUCACGUUACGUCAGUGUUGUUUAUGUUUGAAUGUCUCCUUGUUGGAGGAGGAGGAGGAGGAAGUAGGGGGGGUUGCAAAGGAGGGAGGGAAGGGGGGUGCAGUGGAGAUCUGAGCCACCAAAAUAUUCACUUUACAGACCUUUUAAAUCUGUACUUAAUUAGCCAAAGCAGGAAGUGAUUCACAUUUCACUUCCCUCUGAUGGUUAAUGCUUCUAAUGUUUAAGGUGUAAAGUGGAAAAACACACAAACACACACAUCAGCAUCUGUGUGUGUGUGUAACUGUGAAUCCUGACUUCCUUUUAAACAAGAUUUUCUAAUUUAAGGUCGGCAGUGAACAGUGGCAGGAUUAUAUGUGAUAUUUUGAUUCACUACUGCAUCCCUUAUUUUGUUCAUGUGGGGGUUUUUUUGGGGGGGGGGGGGGGGGGGUUAGGAGGGAAGGGUUUUUUUCUUAUGGCUGAAGUGUAAACUAUCCAUUCCUAUUAUUACAGUAGGAGUGGUUUAGUUUUGUCCAUUUUGUUUACAAUCUUUAAUGCUGGGUGUUUAAAAAAAGAAAAAGAAAAAGAAAAAAAGAAGAAGCUGCACAGAGAAAAGAGAGAAGAGAGAAAGGAAGUGCUCCCUCCUCUCCCUCUCUGCUCAUUUCACCGGUUUAUGCAAAAAAAAACCUCAACCAGUUAAACCAGUGACAUGAGCCUCGUGGUAUCAUAACAAUGCUGACACACCAGCUGUUAACACGGCACACGGUUCGAUCCCAGGGUUUCACCACACGACACGCGACACACUUCAUCUCUGUUCGAGGCAGCUCCACAUUUCUCUUGUAAACAUUAUUUUUUUAAAGGGGAACACAGUCAUCUAACAUGUGGAGGAGCGGGGGGGGGGGG